AUGACGUCCAAGACUGUCGAGCAGACGUCCUCAGCUGAGGUUGUUUUGGAGACCCCGAAACUGCCUGACAAGUAUGCCGACGAAAGCUAUAAGCUCUUCUCGCAAGUCAAGGUUGAGCCUCCCACUGCUGAGGAGGCUGCGCAAAUCCGUAAGAAGAGCGUCCGAUGGAUAUUAUCGUUCCUCUGCGUCGGGUAUCACCUGAUGUACGUUGACAAGCAGACACUCGGGAGUUCGUCUAUCCUCGGGAUUCUUGAAGACGCGAAUCUAAAUUCCAAUCAAUAUAACUGGUUGUCAUCAAUCUUCUAUUUUGGCUACCUGCUAGCAGAAUGGCCUCAAAAUUGGGCGCUGCAACGAUUCCCAGUUGCAAAAUGGUUAGCCGGGAAUCUCGUCGUUUGGGGUUCCAUCUUGCUAUUACAUAUUCCAUGCAAUAGUUUCGCGUCUCUCUUCGUCGUUCGUUUCUUCCUCGGGCUGGCGGAGGCAUGCAUUGUGCCUGCUUUCUUAUUGACGCUAUCAAUGUUCUUCACAUACGAUGAGCAAGCAGUUCUGAUGCCCAUAAUGUGGGCUGCGGGUAAUUCUAGCCCUAUAACUUCAGGAUUGCUAUCAUACGGAGUUUUAUGGAUAGACACGGGUAGUUUUUCAUCCUGGAAGUGGUUUAUGGUCAUCACGGGAAGCUUAACUAUUAUAUACGGCGUUUUCGUCUGGUUUUUCUUCCCGGACAAUCCGAUGUCCGCCCACUUCCUGACCCUCGAAGAGAGAGCACAGGCCAUCCUCCGCAUUGCUUCGAACCAUUCGGGCAUCGAGCAGAAGCGUUUCAAACGCCACCAGCUGGUCGAAGCGCUAAGGGACCCCAAGACCUGGCUCUUCUUCCUCCAUGCGUGGUCCCAAGAAAUGGCCAACGGUUUAACUAACCAGUACUCACUUAUCAUCAGAUCAUUUGGCUUCACCACGCUACAGACCACGUUGUUAGGUUGUAUUAACGGUCUUACUUCACUGGUAUCUCUUGGAGCUGCCGCUCUAAUAUUGUCAAAGACGCGCAACAGUCGAGCGUGGCUGUCUGCUGCUGCGUAUGUACCACCCAUUAUCUCUAGUAUACUUCUUAUUACUCUUCCUUGGAGCAACCGUUGGGGUCUGCUGUCGGCAAUAUGGAUUAGAUCCACAGGAGGUAUUCCCUACAGCGUGGUUAUGAUCUGGGCAGCCAACUGCUCCGCAGGACAUACGAAGAAGACCGCUGUCAUCGCUCUGUAUCAUGUCGGGUAUGGCUUGGGCAAUAUUCUCUCACCUCAGUUGUUCCAAGAACAAUACAAGCCUAGAUAUAUUGUGACUUGGUGGGUUAUUCUAUGGGUCGCGUGCGUGCUUCCCACGUUUAUCGUCCUUUACCUUCGAUGGUAUUUAGUUAAGGAGAAUAAACGGAGGGACUUGCUAGAUAAACGCGGGGCUAUUAGAGAAGUCGGUGUCAUUGAGCAUAUUGACGAGAGCGGCGAGCGGCGAGAAGAGAUAGUCGACGCGAGACAGUUAGAUCUGACUGAUAGGGAAAAUCUCGCAUUUCGAUACGUCCUCUAA